AUGAUCGUUAAUUGUCAAGGUCAAUUCAAAUCGGCGGACCAGUUUCGAUUCAACAAUGCCCUGAUGGUUGUAGAGGAAAAACGUUCACUUUUCAUGUUACUUUUCCACGUAAAUUUACACACACACACACCAAACGUUCUUGUUGCAUUAAAUCGUUAUGAUAAUUUUAGUGGAAAUACAGCUAUUGGUGUUACUGCUGAACACAUUACUGACCUUGGUUUCAAUCUUCAAAUUAAAGCUUGGGCUAAUACAGCAGUUAAUAAUGCAUCUGCAUCAUGGAUUGCCUGUGCUUAA